UGGAAUUGAAAAUACAGUUCUUUUAACUGUUACAAGACAACGUCCCUUUAUUUGCCGGCUGUCUGAAGUCCGAGGAGGACACGUACCUUCCAGUUGCCGUUACUACACGCCCGUGCUCCUCCUCGGCUUUGCCUUUUAAGAGUUCCUCUCUCUCUGUCUCUCUGAUCAGACAUACGCAUAGUCGAAUUCUGAUCACUUGCAUGUAGAUCAGUCUGAUCGAGAACAUAAACACGGGAUCCAUAAAAGGUUUGGUUCGUGUGAUUUGAGUUUGUAUUAACGUGCGUGUUCACAGUAUCGUUAAUUAUUUCAAUUAUGGGAAACUCAUGGACAUGCUUCGCUCCCAAGGAGGUCAGAUUCACCAGAGAACCCUCCAAACGCAUACCCAACUUUUUACGCAAAAGUAGAACCGGUUCUUCUUCUUCUCCUUCCCCUAGCAGGAACAAGCAGGAGAAUAAGCUCGAUGAUGAAGAUGCUCAGCUUCGACAGCAGGCCAUUGCCGCCGCUAUUCUCUUCCGCAAAAAUCAGCAGAACCUUUCUCUGCCCCUUAACCGCUCCACUUCUGUCGUCUAUCCUAAUCCAUCUCCUGGUGUUCUUAAAAAGCUUCCCAAGAGUUCGAGUUCUAGGCAGCGUUCACGAUCUGAUUCUCUCGUUCAGCCUCAUCAGCUUGUUAUCAAUAAGAUUUUAAUCCCUUAGGAUGUAAAGGCUGAUGGUCUGGAAACCAAUCAUUUUGUCCUUGUUCACGGAGGUGGCUUUGGUGCUUGGUGUUGGUAAAAAAUUAUGACACUUUUGGAAGAAGGGGAAUACAAAGUUGAUGCAGUUUACUUGUGUGUGUCUCUGUGUGUGUGUGUGUGUUAGAUAUAUAAUCAUAGUGUUUAUUUUUGUCUGCAUUCAUAUAUGCUAAUAGGGUGAAAAGUUGUGUGCGUAUGAGGUCCUUGGUGUUCUUUCACAAGUUAGUCUUGGUUUUUUACUCUCAAUUGCAACAAGGAUAACACUUUCAGAUUGCUUUUAUCUCAUACGGAGAUGACUAACUCUGAAAGGGACUAUUCAAGCUUAUCCCCACUUUAUUAUUCUAUUCUUCCUUUGUGUAUAGAUUCCUUAUCAUAUUGCUCUCUUCUAUUCAUGCUUACAAGAUUCCCGUCUCUCAGACUCACGUUUUAAUUCAAAACAAACAUUAUGCAACACAGUUGGACAAGAUAUUCACUGAAAGUUCAUUUGCCUGUAUAAAAUUAGGGAACUUUGUAGCUAGCUUUCCGCUUUCCAGUAAAUAAUUGAGAGUAACUAGUAGCUAUAGUUGAUAGUUGAACUUGCAACAUAUAGGACGGUGCAGAGCAUGAGAUUUU